AUGAAAAGUGCUACACAAAUAACGUUGCCUUGCCUUGAAAUUUGCUUGAUGUAAAAAGCCAUAACUGCAAUUUGAUUUGAGCAUUACCAUUAUCGUAGCCCAUUAUCCAUUUCAAUUGCGUGGAUCCAGUUUCCGAUUUCACACCGCCUCACUGUAUAAACAUGCAAAGUGUUACAUAAUGGAGCACCUCCUUCACGGUGAUGUGUCACGGCAGCAUUUGCUCUGUCCUCUUCUGCCUUGGAUUGAGUCUCAGGGCUAACACCUUCUUCCCACUACUGAGUUGUCGUACUCCUGCUCCUCAUUUGAACUGGUCACCUGCUUUUACCUGCUCUUUUAACAUCAGUGUGUAUGUGGAGGACAAAUACCAUUUCUUCUCUGCCGGACGUCUUCCAGGUUUUACGGUGACCUGUUUCCUGGAUUUCUUUUGACCUGGCCUUUUGUUAUCUCAAAUACACCUCUUCCGUCCUUCAGGGUCUUGUUCGGGGUCCAAGGUCUGUCCAAGACGUGUGAGAAAAGUCCCAGAUCGACCUUAUGCGACGGCAGAUGUUAAAUCCCGAAAGGCUGCGUGUGAUGAGGUUUUUUCAUUUUAAUAAAUAUGUCUAUCUGUGAACUUCUUUUCCAAACAGUUUAUUCAAUCAAAACAAUGAGGGGCACAUGAUUGGGAAAUGAUGACACUCUGGUCAUGAAUUCAUGAGACGGACGUCCUCUGAGAUUAACAGUGGAGUAAACAGGAGCUACUGUGACUUUUUUUUUUUUUUUUUUUUACAGCUAUAGGGGCAAUGAAAGACCCUUGAAUUCUUCCCGGUAGGAUGAGGCUGCUGACAAGUUAAUGUAAAGCUCUUUAAUCCUGCAGCAAGGGUGACACUCCCCAGCCAGCAGGCUUAGGGAGAGGAAGCGAGAGACGAAUCUCCACACAAGGAGAACACCACCCGGGAAGACCCCGGUGAGCACGUCUCUGGGCUCAAGGCCGAGUCCUCAGACCCCCAUCAUGGGGUGGCAGAGUCGAGGGGGUGGUUUAUCCCGCACUGCGUGAGGUGAUGGAGAAGAGGCUCUGCGCUGCGGCUCCCGCGUCUCCGCCGGCAGAGGCGGUCGUCGGCGGAAACGGGUCAGAUCACUCUCGGGGAGGAGAAAUCAUCCCACUUUGCCAAAGUUACAGUUUCUUAGCAACCGAGGCAACAGAGAUCAUUAACUACCAGAGAUUUUGGUCUGGAGGCUGUUUUCAGAGAUUUAAUCAAAACAUCCCAUUGGAAGAUAUGUCAAUCGUGCAGGGCCCACAAUCCCGGGGGACAACGGGAGGGAGCAGUCACAGUCACACUACUCCGCUGCCAUUCGCCAACGAAUUCACCAAGACUCUGACGAGGAGCAGCGCACGCUUCGGUGCCCUGAGUCACCACUCGUUCUUCUCCCGACACAACCCUCAUCCCAACAGGGUCAGGCAUAUUCAAGGGCUCAACGGCAGACCCGUUUGCAUGGUGCGGGACGAUUGGUUUGUCACCUCAUCAUUAUUUCCUCAUCCGCUUCUGAGGAGCCAAAUCCUCAGGAAAGCAGCCAACCCAUCUUUUGCUUCGCCGCUUGCUUCGAAUCUUAACGGAGUCAGCGGUCCCAAACACACACCAGGCCUGUUUUCAGAGGCUUGGAGGGAUGAACUCAAAGAACUCGCUGUGAAAGUCAGUUUGUCUUCCCGUGCACAGAAGGACAAAAAGGAGGAGAUACCGGAGGAAGAAUGUGUCCGUCGACAGACCCAAUAUUCAGCUGAAACCGGCAGAAUCCUCCCGCCACCCACUAAGUCUUACCAGCGCAGAUCUCAUUCCCAGCGGCAGAUUCAUCCUCAGCCCUUCCACGAUCAAGAACUCAUGGUGCUGGAGCUCCUCUGUCAGAUCCUGCAAACAGACUCCUUGUCCACAGUCCAGCAGUGGCUCCUGCUUGCAGGCCAAAGAGAGAAAGAGCUGGUGAUGGGGAUGAUCAGACGAGCUCUGGAUGGCGUCGACGUGUCAGGUCACCAUCAGACAAACUUGCAGCAGCUCCAGGCUCUUCACCCUGGUGCAUCUCCGCCGGCAUACGGUCCAUCUUUCCAGCAGCCGUGGAGGAAACCACCCAGAACGAGCUCACUGGGAAUGGACCGAACUUUCAGUGAUGACAAACCAGUGAGGAUCGGAGGUGCAGAGGUCCUCGAGGUCCAUGCGGGCGCUGAUCUUCAAGAGCCUCCACUUCAGCACAUGGAGGGCUUAUAGAGAUCCAUGGUCUUCACCAUGGUGAUAGCUCUACCCUGGUCGUGAGAAAUGAUUGGCUCCCUUCUUCGUAGCGCUCACGGUGUCGCAGGUUUUCGUCCGUGUAUUUGCGUCGUAAAAGAUUCUUAGAAAGCAAAAAGACAAGACAAUUCGAUGGCAGGGAACUGACAUGAAAUGAAAAAUUGAAUUGCAAUUCAUUUAUACAGCAUAGUACAGGUGUGGUAGCGUUACGAUACUCUGGAUGCAAAAUUGUAGGCUGAAGCUGAAGGAUCCUGUUUUGAAUUGAAAAGCAGCAUGACCUGUUGAACAAGUGUAAUCUCUGGUGCGAGGGUUUGAGGAUAAAUACAACUUGUAAAUAAAAGUGGAAUAUUAGGAUUUUUCUUUGUUCACCUUAACAAAAUAUGAAACGCUAAAAACUGGGAAAAAUACAUUUUUUCGUUCACA